AUGAUCAAAGAAAUCAUCUCAAGUAUUGCCGAUUGGUGGUCGAAGAAAUUCUCACUUGAAUGGAUUUUAUUUCAUUCACUGAGUUCUUUAAUGCUGAAAGAAGCCGUGCAGCAGCUCGUUUCAUGUCGUUGGUUGUCGCGUGUUUGUAAUAACACCAGGUGCGUUGAGGCUGCAGCAGAUAGCGUCUGGAAUCAUUUUAGUUCUAGUGUCACUGAUGCAGCCAUGGUCAGGCUUCAUCAAUGGGCGAAGUUACUUACAGAACGUGACUAUGAAAAAGUGUUCCAGCAGACGUUUGGUUUUACUGAUGGAGACAAAUACUUGGGCCUUUGCUUGCGUCUGAACACUUCCUCUGGGCCUGUAAAUGGGACUCUAUACAUAUCCACAAAAAUGGUGGCCUUCUAUAGUAAGUUUCCUCUUCGUCACUCUUCGUCUCCUGGCCAGCCACAGUGGAUCCAUGACAGGGUGGUGAAAGCGGUUUGAUCAGUUGGGGAAAAUCAAUGCUUCAUCAAACCUCAAGGACCCUUCACAAAAGAAGUACAACCAAAUAAUCACGUGGGACUUUCAUGAAUUCUAGUUCAUGGGAUUCAUUUCAUAUAACACGGCUGUCAUAACUUCGAACGGUAGCGAUCCCAUACGUCGGUCCGAGGGAACCGAAACACAACGAGCGAAACCAACACUUCGUUCUAUACUCUGUUUACAUACAUCUUCCUGUUUUGGUGAAAUGGGAUUCAAAAUGAUCCUCGAGUAGAAACUUUGAAUGAACAAACUUUAUCAGUUGAACCAUCAUCCAUCCAAUGGGUGGAUACUUGUAAAUAUUUGUAAUGAUAAGAAACUCCUCUUGUUUUUGCAAAUAUUUUCAUUCAAUAAAGUUGUCUGUAUCUUACAUUUGUGAAAUGGCAAAGGUUGCUUUGACUUCAGAUUA